AUGUCCUCGGAACGCGCCCCUGCUACCAGCACCGUUCACGCAGUCGAAAACGCGCCUUCCAGUGCAGCGCUAAACGACGCCCUGCCUCGGACAGAGCCUGGUCGCACUCAAUCGCGUGAAGGCGAUGUGUUCAGUCGCUCAAGAGAAGGCAGUCCUCGACGAUAUAGCUCGCGUAUACCAUCUUCCAACCACGACAGCUUGCCGCCUUUGCCUGAAAGACACCAAAACUCGAGCAUGGAGAAGUUUGAAGAUGACGAGAAUCUCCCCGCCGUGCCAGUGCUAUUACGAAACUCCAGUUUUGGACCUAUUCUUCCUCAAACCAUCUCUCCCGCACGUUAUCCGUCUGAGGCUCGUCCUCGGACAGGACGGCAACGAACUGGCGAUACUGGAGUCUUCUCUUACAACCCACGCUCCAUGGUAGAUUAUAUCGUUCCAUCGGUAGAAAGCAAACACCGACAAGCGAAUAUAAGUGCUAGAUUGGGGCCUACCCUAAGGAUUGCACAAGAAGAAAGAGAUAAAUAUGCGCGAAAAGCGAGACGAACCGGAUACGCUUUAAACAUUGCUAUAGGUCUGCAGGUUUUGCUGGGGUCGUUGACAACUGGGUUAUCAGCUGUGGCUACUUCCGGAAGAUCUGCUGCCAUACAAACCACUAUAUUAGGUAACUUCUACCCCUCUAUUUGGAAAAAGCCACAGAAAACAUUGAUCUACAUUAUUUAUAAAGGCGGACUUUCUACGAUUGUGGCGUCGUACCUGGCUCGAUCGCGAGGUUCAAAUGAACCAGAAAAUUCAAAAGCCAAAGUUAAAGAACUUGACCACUUUAUUAGAGAAUGUCAAGCCUUCGAAUUGGACCACGGCCAUGAGGUUGGAGACGAGUUACAAAAUAUACUACUCGAUAAAAGAAGACAGUUGGAGGUGCUUUUGGGUAAUACCAGCGCCGAGUAA